AUGUUAAAUGUUUUAUGUUUUUUUAAGAAUUUAUUAUUAAUAUAUCUUUCUAAUUUGCUAUUAUAUAUUAAUAAGGAGAAUUUUUUAAGUAUUAUACAUUAUGAAAUAUACAAUUUUAACAUUGUAUCUAGUUCAGUUAUAAAAAGAACAUUAAGUGAAAUGUUAAUGCAUAAUAAUAAAUCACAAAUAAAGAUAUCACAAAUAAAUAAUAAUAUCGAUGAUUAUGAAGAAAAUAAAAUUAGUUCAUCUCAAACAGGAUUGAUUAGGACCUCGAAAAAAAAAUCAAAAAAUAAUAAAUCAAAAAAUACUAAAAAUUAUAAUAUUACUAAAAAAGAGGAAACAUUGGAAGACUUGCUAAAAGAAUAUGAUGACGAAAUGAGAGAAAUAAAUAAUAAUAAUAAUAAUAAUAAUAAUAAUAAUAAUAAAACCUUUUUUAAAAAAGCAAAACUUGUAUUGGAAGCCUUUGAUAAUAUUUUUAUAGACAAGGUAAUAGAUUCAAAUAUACAGAAUAAACAAUCAGAUUUAAAAGAAGAUGUAAUGGAUAACGCUGUAAUACUUUGUAGUUCUCCAAUUUUAGCUAUACCAAUAUAUUCAUAUUUUCGUAAGCGAAUUAAUUUUUUUCAUUCACCCCAAUAA